AUGGGAGCGCUAAGCAGUCGAAUAUGGUCCAGAGGUAACCCUGCCGCACAACUUCCUCCUGCUGGAGAUGGGGAGGCAGCGGAAGCCGCAGCUGCAGUUGUCCGCGAAGGGCAGGCAAGUGAAAUGGCGGUUGUCCCAGAAGGGCAGGCUAGCGGAGCGGCCGCAGGUACCUCCCGUCGGGCAGGCCACAAGCGGAAGGGCAGUCCAGGGGGACCAUCGGCCAAAGUUCCCCGUGGGAAGUCAGAGGCCAGGAUCAUUUAUGAGUCGCUUUUCCUGAGGGGUGAAGGCAGUGACGUAAAGAUCUGUGCGUUUCAGGAGGAAUGGCGCUUGCACAGGGUCUACCUAUGCCGGUCAGGCUAUUUUGCUAGCAUGUUCAGUGGUGCCUGGAAGGAGACAGACAUGAAUACAAUAGAGAUACAGAUGCCCGAUGAGAACAUUGACCAUGAGUCUUUCCAUGCAGUUUUGGGCUUCUUGUACAGUAAAAGAAUCACAAUUACUCCUUGCCGAGUUGUUGCUAUCUUGGCCACAGCUAAUAUGCUGCAGUUGGAUGAUUUAAUUCACCGGUGUGGGCGUAUAAUGAGGUCCUCAGUCAGUACCGAAACUGUGUGCAGGUACUACUAUUCUGCUGAGAAUUAUGGGCUGCAGGACAUCAGAUCUAUUUGCCGCCAGUGGCUCUUGGACAACCUGAUGACCCAGGGAAAUGAUGAACUUUUGCUAGACAUCAGUCGGGAUCUCAUGAAAGAGCUCAUUGCCUCUUCAGAUCUCUUCGUGAUUGAAGUGGAGAUGGAUGUCUAUGCUAUGCUGAAAAAGUGGAUGUUCCUGCAGCUAGAAUCCACUUGCUCAGGAUCCCAAAGAGCACUAUUGCCUGCAGAAGAUUUGUGCUUUGACAAGUACAAAGGCGAUUCAGAUGUUGCCACUUUUCUGGACUGUGAUCAGGGGAGAGCCUUUGUGCCAGUGUUCCAACAGCUGAGGCUUCCCUACAUCGUCUGUGACCUGCCUACAGCACAUAUUAUCAACCAAGAUGCCCUGAUCCCUGCAACAUGGCUGACGCCUGUAUACAAAGAGCAAUGGCUAGCACUUGUUCAGGCAGAGCAAUCCAGGGAACUUCGGCCAAUGGAUGUCUGUGUGUCUGACGAUCGUGGAACCAGUAUGCGGUGUGGAAGGCAAAUCUGUACAGAUGAGGAAUGCAUCUGGAGCUGGUCUGGCUUCAACUUUGGCUGGGACUUAGUAGUAUGCUACACCAACAAGCGCAUUAUAUUCCGUAGAAGUGCACUGAACAAAUCCUGUGGCCUUGGUGUCAGCUUACUCUGGCAGAGAAAAGUUGCCUUCCGUCUGCGGGUGAUCUCAUUGGACGAGACUGGAAAAGCCAUUUUCAGAAUGGACACAGACUAUCAUGUUCUUGCUCUGAGAAAGGAUCAAGAACUAGAAGUCGUGAACCUACAAAAUCAAGACAUAACUUUUCCCAUGUAUGUGUCAUGUAACUUCCUAUACCUUCCUGGAGAGACUGCUAGUUGCAGUGGCACUAGCAAAAGUCAAAGGAAAUAA